UGGUGCGCUAUGACACAGACCACCUGUAAAGCAAAGUCAUCGUAGCUUCCAACCCAGCUCAAUACAUUAUUCCCCAAGCUAAUCUCCUCGAAGCUUUUUCUCUCAACCUAUAUAAAGCCCAUCGAAACCCCAAUCCAUCACUCUGGUUCCCUUUCUAAAAAGUCUAAACCCUCUGUAUCUCUUUCUUAAUGGCGAAGCUGAAGAUAGCAGGCACAUGGGUAGGCGUGCUAGAGGUGGAAUUGGAGGAGUGGACCGUACCCAUCUUGAGAGAAGAGGUAGCAAAGCGAUCCAACUGCGCGCCCGAGUCGAUCAAUUUGAUUUGCGCAGGCAAGCUCUUGAAAGACGGCGAUGGGACUGAGAAGCUGACCCACUUGGGCGUUAAGAACAACGCUAGGAUUCUUGCCAGUCGGGGCUGCGCUGAGGAGGGCAAGUCCUUGGAGGGGGAGUUGAUGGCCGAGGAGGAACGCUCUAGGAGACUCGCCCGAGUCAAGGCAGCUGCCACAGUGAUGUCCAAAAGGCAUGCUGAUGGUUCAUUACCAGUUGAAGACUUUAAUAUAGAAGUUGAAGAUCAAAGUGGAAAGAUAGUACAACUGGGAUCCAAAACUGAUCAGCAGGCAGUGAUGAUGGGUCUGAUGCUUCAUGCAAAUGCAAAACAACUAAUUAGGAGGGAGAAUUACAAAGAGGCAUUGGAAGUGCUUACCAUGGGAGAGGAGGCUUUCUCUCUUUGCAAUCCUAAGGUCAUUGAGCUGAUUGACAAUGUCCCAAUACUGCAAAUAGACAUGGUGUGGUGCUAUUUCAUGCUUCGAGACAUUAGAUGGCUCUCGGUGGCAGGAGCACGCUUGGAAAAGGCUAGAGAAGGAAUUGAACGUGCUCAUGGCAAGGACUCCUCCCGUGUCAGACUCCUCCAAGCAGGUCGCCAUCCAGAGCUUGCAAUACAUUUAAGACUGGAGCUGCUGGAAGGGGUGGUUGCAUAUCACAGUGGUCAGUUUGAUAAAUCGAGGAAUGCAUUGACCACAGCGCAAGCAAAAUACUUCCAGCUACAGGUGCCAGAUGAAGCCUUAUCACUUGUAAUGAGCAUGGGCUUUAAAGAACGUGAUGCUAAGAGGGCUUUGCGAAUGAGCAAUCAAGAUGUUGGGAGUGCAAUUGAUUUUCUUGUUGAGGAGAAGGCAAAGAGAGCGCAGAAAAAGGAGGAGGAUAUUAGGCGAAGAACUGAAAUCAUGGAGCAAAAGAAGUAUGGGAUGACACCAUCAAAGAAAGCUGUGGAUCUUAAGAUAUUGAAUGAAUUGGUCUCCGUGGGGUUUGAGAAGGAGCUUGCUGCUGAAGCCCUUCGAAGAAAUGAGAAUGACUUUCAAAAGGCAUUGGAUGAUUUGACAAAUCCAGAAUCUAAUUCUGCCAUACAGGUUGAUAUUGAAUCAAGGAAAAGGAAAAGACAGCGACAAGCAUCAGAAGCUGCAAUUGAACAGCUUGUACGCAUGGGUUUCGACAGAUCAAGAGCGGUUUCUGCUCUUCAGGCUGGUGGCACUGUGGAGCAAGCAAUGAAUCUGCUUCUCUCACAACCUGGGUUUGCUGCUAACAACAAUUCAGUAUCUGAGCCAAACCAAGGGAUUUCUGGUGAUAACAGUGCUAAUUCUUCCAUUCCAAUACUUUCUGAUGCUUCUAGCAGCAUUAACGGCGUUGAAGGAGCGUCAACUUCUGGUGAAAUAGAAGAUCGGGAUGCAGAGAUGGAAGAUGAACUUGCUGGGGAACUAGCAAAAGGGGAUGCUUUAACAGACUAUGACAUCGAAGUUGAAAAGGAAGGUGAAUCCAUAACUGAGUACUUGACUCUCCUGGAGUCAGCAGGCAAUAGUGUGAAGGCAUCCUAUCACUCGUGAGAGGACGACUUUAGGCGAUACUGCAUACUAGAUUUAUGUGAAUGGUAGGAUGAUAUAUAUGGGAGCUGCUUAACCGAUAAGUAGAUGUAUGAAGUUUACACUUGCCUUUGACACCCCUAAUUUACAAUCACCCCACAAACUUCAAAAUGUGAUAA